CUACCAACCGUAUAAUGCCAUCCGUUGGCGUGGCUUAUAAAGUGAGCAGAGCAGAGCAGAGCGUGAUGGAUGUGCACGCAGCAGUUGGCUUCCCUCGACUUAGCAUUUCCGAAAAUCCCGGCCGCAAGCAAGUGAACUGAGCGAUCGAUCCAGUGGUUAUGAUGGGCGCACAGUACUGCUCGUGGCUGCUGGGCUUCCUCCUGCCGUCGCUGUGGGAGGCGGAGGUCGCCGUGUCCGCCACGGCGCUUCUCGCCGCCACCGUCGCGCUCCUCCUCAUCCUCGACCAGUCCGCGUCCAACGGCACCACCACCACCACACCAACAACCUCGUCGCCGCCUCCUUCCACUGCUAGAAUCCACCACCGGGACGGGCGCCGCCGCCGGAGCAGCGCAAGGGGAAAGAAGGCGGCGGCCCCCGAGCUUCGAUGGCACACCUGCGAGAUCACUUCUCCUCCGGCUGAUGGCUCUCCCCGUCGGGGCAGCAGCAGCACCACCACCAACACCUACGUGAUCAAGGUGGAGCUGGUGUCUGCCAAGUACCUCAUCGGCGCCAACCUGAACGGAACCUCCGAACCUUACGCCGUCAUCUCCCUCGGCGAGCAGAAACGCUUCAGUUCUAUGGUGCCUAGCUCAAGAAACCCUUUGUGGGGGCAGGGAUUCAACUUCCUAGCCAGAGAACUACCAGCUGAGGUAACAGUAACAAUCUACGACUGGGAUAAUGUAUGCAAAUGCAAAGUUAUUGGAUCUGUAACUGUAGCUAUUCUCGGUGAAGAUAAAACGGAAUCUACUUGGUACGACCUGGACAGCAGAUCUGGUCAGGUCUGCAUGCGGAUUAGCUCAAUGGAAGUGUUUAAUUCUGAUAGUUCAAUUUUUUUUUCCAGCUACUUCAAUCAGCACACCAGAGUUGACUCCCAGAGAAAGAUGACACUCAACAAGCAACGCUUGGCGAUGAUUGAAGACAGUGGUCCCCUGCAAGCUAUGUUUGAAUUUCCUCAUGAUGAAAUUGUUCAGCACAGUUAUUCUUGUGCUCUGGAGAGGUGUUUCUUGCACUAUGGGCGUAUGUACAUCUCCUCAUGGCAUCUGUGCUUCCACUCUAAAGUAUUCGCCAAGCAAUUGAACGUGAUCAUUCCAUUACAAGAUAUAAAUGAGAUAAAAAGGAGCCAGCAUUCCCUUAUCAACCCAGCUAUUAUUAUAUAUCUUCACACAGGCGCGGGUGGCCAUGGAGCGCCUCCUUUGUGCUGCCAACAAAAUGGAAGCUUCAGGUACAAGUUCACAUCAUUCUGGAACAGAAACCGUACAUUUCGAGCUCUAGAGACUGCACUACAGAUUUACCGAGCAAACUUAGAAGCGGAAAAGCAGGUAUUCAGAAAGUAUUCUUCUUGGAUCCUUCCAUUUACUUCUUGUGGAAAGUGGCAACUAUCUGACCAUCUGUACUCCUGCAAGCAGGUGAGAGCACAUUCGCUUCAAGGACAAAAUAUGAAUGUUAGUAGCAGAACAUACAACAUAAGGACAGAAGACAGAAACAUUGAACGGGCUGUCACAUUUGAACAGGCUACCACAUUCCAACCUUUCAUCAAUGAACAUGUUCUUGUAGAUGUAACCAGUAAUACCUUCCCUGGUACACCUGAGAAGUUUUUCACUUUGAUACUAGGUGACAAUCCAAUCUUCAUUCAGCAGUACCGAGAUGCGCGGAAAGAUACAGAUUUAAAAAUGAGUAAGUGGUAUGCUUCAGAUGAGUAUGGUGGCAAUGUUCGUGAAGUAACUUUCAGGUCGCUAUGCCACAGUCCUUUAUGUCCUACAGACACUGCGGUGACAGAAUUGCAGCAUACUUCUUUCUCAAAGGACAAAAGGAACUUGAUAUAUGAAACAAAGCAGCAAGCACACGAUGUUCCAUUUGGCUCUUAUUUUGAGAUCCACUGUAGGUGGUCUCUACGAAAAACUUCUAGUUCCACAUGUCAAGUGAAUAUAAAGAUCGGUGUCAACAUGAAGAAAUGGUGCAUUUUGCAAUCAAAAAUAAAAUCUGGAGCAACUGAUGAGUACAGGAGAGAAGUUUGCAAGAUUUUGCAGGCUGCAUGUGAUUAUGCCCUCGCAGCUGAGCCAAACGGUCCAUCUUGUGAUGAUAUCGUGCUGACAUCUUCAGCAUGAAAAACUGCAGUAGAAAACCACCUGCAUUGUUCCAUGCACACAGACAAGGCUGCCUGUGCUUGAAAGCUACUCCACCAACCAAGUGAAGCCAGCAAUGGUACUAUGUCGACAUCUCCACAUGAAAAGUGGCAGUUGAAACUUGAAACGACCUAGAGUGUUCCAUCCUCGCAUACAAAAUGCUUCUGGCCUAAAGUGUCGAGAAGAAGACAAAUUUCUCCUGCAAAGUAGCAUAUCAUUGUGAAUAGCCCAACCUGAGCAGAUGAGAGAUGAUCUGAUCCACCUCAUCACCGUAAAAUCCAUGUACUUAGUCUAUGUUAUAGAAGUGAUAAGGCAUCAAUUACUUCAAAUUAUCAACUGAACGGAAAAGAAGCUAACUUAUGUACACCCUAUGGUCCUCUGUGUUUUGUACAUGAACAACUGACAACAGGAUGGUAAACUGUAUGACAAUGCUACAAUAGUUAUUUACAUAUAAUAAAGUAUGCCACCUGGUUUCCAGCAAA